AUGGCAGGCGACAGCGACACAAAGACAGGUGACAAAGCCCGCGAUGAGAGCUCCAACUGGCAGCCUUUCCUCAUCGGGGUGGCCGGGGGCACAGCCAGCGGCAAGUCUUCGGUGUGCAGCAAAAUCAUGGAGAUGCUGGGGCAGAAUGAGAUCGACCACCACCAGAGGCAAGUGGCCAUCCUCAGCCAGGACAGCUUCUACAGGGUCCUCACCCCAGAGCAGAAGGCCAAAGCACUAAAGGGCCAGUUCAACUUCGACCACCCAGAUGCAUUCGACAACGACCUCAUAAUCACAACUCUGUUGGACAUCAAGGAGGGAAAAACCGUACACAUCCCCGUUUAUGACUUUGUUUCCCAUUCCAGGAAGGAGGAGACAGUGAAGGUGUACCCUGCUGAUGUGGUGCUGUUUGAGGGUAUCCUGAUGUUCUACUCGCAGGAGAUUCGAGACCUCUUCCAAAUGAAGCUGUUUGUGGACACUGAUGCAGACACACGUUUGUCUCGCAGGGUGCUGCGAGAUAUUAGUGAACGUGGUCGGGACUUGGAAAGCAUUCUUGCACAGUACGUCAACUUUGUCAAGCCCGCGUUCGAGGAGUUCUGUCUGCCGACAAAGAAAUACGCAGAUGUUAUCAUACCGAGAGGAGCUGAUAAUAAUGUUGCUAUAAAUCUCAUAGUGCAACACAUCCAGGAUAUUCUAAAUGAUGGUUUGACCAAGCGGCUGAAUGGGUGGUUUAAUGGUUACGGAACAACGAAGAGUCAACCAAACAUGGAGUCCAGCAGUCGGCCUCACUGA